CUCCCCACCAGGGGGCAGCACUUAUACACAACCUGCCCACAGCAGAGGAAGCAAAAUCGAAACUCUCCAAUGAGUUCACCUUCAGAGUAAUAGUUUGUCCCCCCUCUCUCUCUCUUUAUCUCUCCUUCUUAUCCCCUCGCUUGUUUUAAUCGUUUGGACUCUUGGCAAAAAUGAACGGCUCUUUGCACCCCCACCUCAAAUAUGUGGACAUAAAACUGAAGCGAGGACCUGCAGGCCUGGGCUUUAACAUACUCGGGGGCGUGGACCAGCCAUGUAGGAUGGAUGACAACGGCAUCUAUGUGAGUAAAAUAAAAGAGGACGGAGCAGCAGCCCUCGAUGGACGACUCAGAGAGGAAGACAAGAUCAUUGCGAUAAACGGAGUCUCACUUGAGAACCGGACACACAGAGAAGUGGUGGACCUGUUCCGGACAGCCGGGGAGAACGUAGAGCUCCGGGUUCUAAAAAAGGUAUUAAAAAUGAGUCCCGUGUGUUCUGUGCAGGUCCUUAGCAGCUGUAAUUUCACUUUAGCUCUUCAAAACACAAAACGACUGUUAAAUAGCAGCGCUUGAUUCCGCUAUGUUAUGUAGGUUGACACCGUAAGCUGACUUACAG